CGAGGAGGGAGAGCGGAUGUGACAAGAGUCAUCGCAUGCACGAUGAGACGGCGAUUGUGGCUCAAGUUUUCUCGGCCAUAUCUUCGCCCCGGCUGCUAACCAGGCGCCCACCAACGGGAUCAUGGCCCUCCGCUCCAGCGUGCUCCCUACGGCCGUCGUGGCUGCCCUGUGCCUCCUGGCGCUGCGCGGCCUGCUCGCCCCGGGCCCGAGCCAGGCCUUCGCUGCGCCAGAGGCCGGCCUCACGCAGUCGGUCCACCGCCAGUGCAGGCCCGUGGCGGGCAGCGACCGCGCCCUCGCCUCCGGCGCUGCCCCGGCCGUCCUGAGCACCGUCCCGGCGCGCCAGGGCGUCGCCGCGCACUUCAAGGUGACGCUGGAGACGCCAGACGGCACCCAGGAGUUCGAGUGCCCCGAGGACGUGUACAUCCUCGACCAGGCCGAGGAGGAGGGCCUCGAGCUGCCCUACUCCUGCCGCGCGGGCUCGUGCUCGAGCUGCGCGGGCAAGGUGCUGUCCGGCGAGAUCGACCAGUCGGACCAGGCCUUCCUGGACGAGGACCAGACGGGGGAGGGCUUCUGCCUCACGUGCGUGACGUACGCGACCUCGGACGUGACCAUCAAGACGCAUUGCGAGGACGACCUGUGAGAUGUCGAGGACGCGGCCAGAGCAAAGAAGGGGCAGUGGAAGUGGACGUAGGUCCGUGACACUGCUCUGCCGAAUCGGGCGAGCCUCACGUUUUUCAUAAUCUUCAAGGACAUCAUUUGGGAUGCGCUCAAGGACGCGCAUAGUCCAAGCUUGCGUGGACAGCUGCGGAGUGGCAUGGUGGUCCGCGCAGGGCAGAACAAAAAGAC